AUCAUUUUCCAUCUGUUUAGUUUCUUCAAACCAAACUAAAAAGACACCUCACAACAGCUCUACUCCAUCUUGCUUUUCAGACAGUUUUAUUUUAUUACUUUGACUUACAUUUUUGGUUUUGGUUUGGUUUUUAUUUUCACUCUUUAAUUUUGUUUUUUCAGUGAAAAAUGACAAUAUCUACCGAUCUGGAAAAGAAUAACUUUACUCCAGCCAAAUUAAAACCCACAAAGACUUUGGUUGAUGAAGUUGUUUCCAAUUUCAUUGAAUUAAACCUAAGAAUAUCUUGGUUAAGUCCUCUUUUGGUGUUAGUAACAACCUGGUCAUGCUAUUUACUUUCAAACAACUACACUCCCUCCAAUCCUCUACACAUGUUUGUAGCCUUAUCUUAUAAUACAAAUAAAUACGAUGAAUUAACUCAUGAUAUUCUAUAUAAAAAGGGUAUUAGGGAUUUUGCAUUUAUUGUCUAUCAUAUGGUUUUUUUCACUUUUUUAAGACAAUUUGUUAUGGAAGUCAUAUUAAGACCCUUGGCUAUUUAUUGUAAUAUGAAAACAACUCCAAAGAUUGUUAGAUUUAUGGAGCAAACUUACUCGAUUUUUUAUUAUUCUUUAUCCUCUCCUGCUGGGUUUUAUGUGAUGUACCACAUGCCAAUUUGGUAUUUUAACACCUAUGAAUUUUACAAUACUUAUCCACAUCGUGCUGACCCAUUUUAUUUGAAACUAUUUUAUCUUUUACAAGCAAGUUUUUGGUCUCAACAGGCUGCUAUAUUAAUAUUGCAACUAGAAAAACCAAGAAAGGAUUUUAAAGAAUUAGUUUUUCACCAUAUUGUUACAAUGCUAUUGAUCUAUUUAUCCUAUACUUUUCAUUUUACUUGGAUUGGCGUAACCAUUUAUUCAACCAUGGAUACAAGUGAUUUAUUUUUAGCUACUUCAAAGGUUCUAAACUACUUGGAUUCCAAAAUAACCGGGCUUUUUUUUGCUAUUUUCAUAUUUGUCUGGAUUUACGAAAGACAUUAUUUGAAUCUUAAAAUUUUAUAUUCAAUUUUAACAGAAUUUAAAACUGUGGGUCCAUAUGAUUUAAAUUUCAAAACUGGUCAAUAUAAAUGUUUCAUCUCUCAGCCAAUUGUCUUUUUCUUAUUAUCUUGCUUGCAACUUGUUAACCUUUAUUGGCUAUUUUUAAUUCUUAAAAUUGCCUUUAGAUUCUUAUUCAGUGGCAAAGAACUCGAAGAUGUUAGAUCAGACGCCGAAGAUGAAGACGAAGACAAAACUUAUGAUCAAAAAAUCCACAAUGACAAAAAACAGCUUAAUCGUCAUCAGCGUCAUCAUAAUCUUCAUAAUAAAAUCACUAAUGAUGAAGAUCAAAUUGAAACUCCUUUAGAAAACGUUAAAGUUCAAACAUCCUUCAUUAACGAUAACAAAAAGGAAAAAUAGUAAAAACGAAAUAAUUAAUAAUUCAUAAUUCAUAAUUAAUAAUUCAUAAUUAAUAAUUCAUAAUUAAUAAUUCAUAAUCAAAUGUAUCAAAAAAAAAAAAAAA